CAUUCUUAGUUUCUUACUCGACAAUGCCCGAAAUUACAGUCACACACAUCGAAGUUUAAAUGCGCAAUCCCUAGAGAUUCUGUUACAUUUAGCAAAGGAAUCUUGGAAGCAUUCCAAUCGUCCAUUGAAAUAAAAAAAGCGGCCAAAACAAAAAACAGAUGAAACCUCGUCAAGUUCGGCUUGUCUCCAGAUAUUCCAUUCUUGUCUUUGGGUCGACAUUGCUUCUUCACUGUGUGAAACUACACACUUUCAAAUCGCCAACGUUGCUCAUAAACUAAUCCAGUAAAUCUGCCAGAUUGUCUUCAGAUUCUGCAGUUCUUCGUUCCUGUGUUCCAGACAGUAGUAGUGAGCCGUUGUUGGAGAAGCAGAAGCUAAAAAAUCAUGUCAGGGAAAUCCAUUAUUAGGCCAGAGGGAGAACUCAAAGUUAGCUUUGGCUACCAAUGCAAUAGAAAAGAAAGGAAACCUGUUGAAGUUUACAAUGGAUAUGAAAUCCCAUCUGAAUCCAAACUCCGAAGGCGCAGUAGCUCUUUCUCUUGCUUAUCUGGUGCUGCCCUAAGUGCUAAUGCCACAUUGGCAAACACAAAUAUUUGCAAUGGUCUCAUUGGAGAAGAAAUACUUCCAAGUUUGGACUCUCCCAAAUCAUUCAGGAGCUUUCCCUCUUCACCAUCCCUUUCCAGRUUAGAUAUUUUAUCAACUUCUCUUCAGAGUAGUGGAUCAACCUUGAGUUGCAGCAUUUCUACUCAAAGCGAAGCUUCUGAAUGGGAUUCAAGUACAUUGAAAUCCAUGAGUGCUCCUUCAAGAAGUGAAGGUUUCUUCAAUGCUAUGGAAGUUCAAGUGGCAGGUGGAGCUGCUGGUGAAGAUAGAGUUCAAGCUGUUUGCUCUGAAGAAAAUGGGUGGCUCUUCUGUGCUAUAUAUGAUGGGUUCAAUGGUCGGGAUGCAGCUGACUUUCUGGCUGGAACAUUUUAUGAGACCAUUGGUUUAUACUUAAAUCAAUUGGAAUGGAAACCAAAGCAGGAAGGUGUUACAUCUUCAGAUGGUUACCUUCAAUAUUUUCUAGAGGAUGGUUAUAAUAGCCCUGAGGAAAAAACUGCUUCAAGAAUUCUUGCAAUGGAUCCAAGAGUUAACAUUGUCACUGAGGAAGCUCCAUUUGUCAGCACAGGAGUCUCAUAUGAUUCAUUUAAGCAGGGGAUUCUCAAUGGUCUCCAAUGUGCUCUAAGCCAGGCUGAGAAUGAUUUUUUAUACAUGGUUGAGCAGGAAAUGGAGGACCGACCUGAUUUAGUAUGUGUUGGAUCCUCCGUUUUGGUUCUUCUUCUUCAUGAGAAAGAUCUAUAUACACUCAAUUUAGGUGACAGCAGGGCUGUAUUGGCAACAUAUGGACAGGGCAGCGAAAUGAAUGGAACUAAAAGUUUGGUGGCUGUCCAGCUUACUGAUAUUCAUACUGUUGAUAAUGAGGUAGAACGAAAGCAGAUUCUUAAUGAUCAUACAGAUGACCCCACAACAAUUGUAGCUGGAAAAGUGAAAGGAAAAUUGAAGCUAACUCGUGCAUUUGGAGUUGGUUAUUUGAAAAGGAAAAAACUAAAUGAUGCUUUAAUGGGCAUUCUGCAAGUCCGAGACCUACUCAGUCCACCAUAUAUCUCCACACAACCAUCACUGAACAUUCAUAGAAUCUCAAAGGAUGAUCACUUUGUAAUUGUUGGAAGCGAUGGUUUGUUCGACUUUUUCAGCAAUGAUGAGGCUGUAGAGCUUGUAGAUGCCUAUAUUUUUAGAAAUCCGUCUGGUGAUCCAGCAAAAUUCUUGCUAGAGCAGCUUAUACUAAGAGCAGCUAGUAAUGCAGGUUUCAGCACAGAAGAGCUAAUGAGAAUUCCUGCUGGCAGGAGACGGAAAUAUCAUGAUGAUGUGACUGUAAUUGUAAUCAUCCUUGGGAGCAACCAGCGCACAUCAACAGCAUCAACUUAUGUGUAAGAUCGCAUGUUAGAGAGAAAGUCAUGUAGUUUUAACUUUAGAUUUCAAUUGUCUAGCAUUUCUUUGCAUGUACAGUUUUUUUUUUCUUGCUGAAAACUCACAUAUUGUUCCUUGUCUAUGUGCCAGUCAACUUACAAGGUUAUGUCAAUUUGUAAGUGAAACGGCAAUUAUUAGCUCUUGAAAA